AUGUGCCUGGCUGGGUGCACACCCCGCACGGCGGCGGCGCCCGCACGCGGAGCGCUCCCCAGAGCCCGGCUGCCUCUCUCGGCUCUGGCGCCCGCGACCAUGUUCCAGCCCACAGCCAAGCGCGGCUUUACCAUCGAGUCCUUGGUGGCCAAGGACGGCGGCACCGGCGGGGGCAAUGGCGGUGGGGGCGCGGGCUCCCAUCCCUUGGCCGCGGCCGCCUCGGAGGAGCCACUUCGGCCCACCGCACUCAAUUACCCUCACCCCGGCGCGGCCGAGGCGGCCUUCGUAAGCGGCUUCCCCGCCGCCGCCGCCGCCGCCGCCGCGGGCGCCGGCCGCUCGCUUUACGGUGGGCCCGAGCUCGUGUUCCCCGAAGCCAUGAACCACCCGGCGCUGACCGUGCACCAGGCGCACCAGCUGGGCGCCUCCCCGCUGCAGCCCCCGCACUCCUUCUUCGGCGCCCAGCACCGGGACCCUCUGCACUUCUACCCCUGGGUUCUGCGGAACCGCUUCUUCGGCCACCGCUUCCAGGCCAGCGAUGUGCCCCAGGACGGGCUGCUUCUGCACGGCCCCUUCGCGCGCAAGCCCAAGAGGAUCCGCACGGCCUUCUCGCCCUCGCAGCUGCUGCGCCUGGAGCGCGCCUUCGAGAAGAACCACUACGUGGUGGGCGCCGAGCGGAAGCAGCUGGCCGGCAGCCUCAGCCUCUCGGAGACGCAGGUGAAGGUGUGGUUCCAGAACCGGAGGACAAAGUACAAGCGGCAAAAGCUGGAGGAGGAGGGACCCGAGUCCGAGCAGAAGAAGAAGGGCUCCCACCACAUCAACCGGUGGCGCAUCGCCACCAAGCAGGCCAACGGGGAGGACAUCGAUGUCACCUCCAAUGACUAG